UCUCUUUUCAGUUUUCACAAACCAGAAAACCAUCUGUUCUGCACUUUUUAGAGAGAGAGAGGGUAGAGAGAGAUGGUGAGGAAGAAGGGAGUGGAGUUCGACGAAGGGGCUCCAGAUGACUUCGAUCCGGAGAAUCCCUACAAGGAUCCAGUAGCGAUGCUGGAGAUGAGAGAGCACUUGGUGAGAGAGAAGUGGAUCCAGAUCGAGACGGCCAAGAUUAUUCGCGAGAAGCUCAAGUGGUGCUAUCGAAUCGAAGGCGUCAAUCACCUCCAGAAGUGUCGCCACCUUGUUGAGCAGUACCUCGACGCCACUCGCGGCGUUGGCUGGGGCAAGGACAACCGACCUGCUGUGCUCCACGGUCCUAAGGUUGUAGCGGAAGCGGAAUGAUUCUCUACUUGGAUUAUCAAAGGUGACUGAAUUUGGCCAGUUGGUGAUUGUAUAAAUGGAGAUGUGGGGGCGUGCCAACCAGUUUGGUUGCAUUGCUGUUAUUAUCUUUUGGUUUGUCUCAAGACUUUAGCCAUCCACCACAUUUAUUUUCUUUCUUGUUUUGUGUAAAUGCCAAACGGUAUUGCCUUUGGUUUCAACUUUUACUUCUUUUGCUUGUUGAUGUCGAAAAUUUAGUGGAUUGGAUUGAAGCCAUGAAACCAAGGACAUCAGAAAAUGAAAUAAGUUUGGCUCAUUGCUUAAA